ACAAGUCCAGUACUGGGUACAGUACUGACAGCCACUAGCCAUAUCAUUUCAUUCUGCUCUGCUGGUGCUCAGACAUGAAUGGAAUCUCUCUCAUUCUCCUUCUAGCAUGUGUCAUUUGGAUGGUCCAGUCUCAUAUUAUCCUGCCGGAAAACCACAACAAAUCCAACACUGAAAACAUUGCCCAAUUUGCAGAGAUUCUGCCGCAAAUCUCUAUAGUUGAUCUAAAAAAGUCUUUUCGGAGAGUGAGCAGAAUGGAUGCUGAAAGGAUGAAACUAUCCAUGAAAAAGGUGAUACCUAAAAAGAAGGCACGAACACCACCACCUCCAAAUUGUGUGCCUCUUAAAUCCAGCUGUAAGCCUCCAGCACCACCUUGCUGUGAACCCUGCGCAUUCUGUCGCUGUCACCUCUUCCAGACUGUCUGCUACUACAAGAUGGGCUACCCGCACUGCUGAAAUACAGCUUCCCAGAGCCAUUCAUUCCAAGGAACAGUAAAAGUAUCGGAUAUAAUGAAGGCAUUUAGAAAAAUCUCUGCUGCAGUUGAGUUGAACUCAAAUUUUAAAAGUUACUACAGCUUACAUAGAACAAGAUACAUUGUAUACAGUAUAUUUUUCUUUCUAUAAGGUAUUUGUUAGGGGAUCCGGUCUGAAGAUCGACAGUAUCUAGGUCGACAAUGUUUAGGUCG